AUGGGUACCGGGAAGAAGAAGAUAGAGAUAAAGAUGAGGGAGAAAGGAGAACAAAGGAUGGUGACGUUCUCGAAGAGACGCCAGGGUCUGUUCAAGAAAGCUUAUGAGCUCCACCGCCUCACCGGGGCGCACGUUGCCUCCGUCGUUUUCUCUCCAACCGGCCGCCCCUACGUCCACGGCAACCCCUCCUUCGACGCCACCAUCGACCGCUACUUGAAUAUCAUGAUCAAUAACACUAUUAGUAGCAGUGCAAGUACUGCAACUGCAACUGGUUCUUCUUCUUCUUGUCACGUGGAAGAUCAGAUGAUCAACGGUGGUGAUGAUAUAGAUUCUGGUGGUGGGGCGAAUGGGAAGAUGAUGAUGAUGAUGUUGAGGUCGUGUUUGGAAGGGAUGAGAGUAGAGGAUUAUUGGAAUGUGGAGGAACUUGUUGUGAUGAAGGAGAAGAUGGGGGUGAUUAGAGGGAAGGUUGUUCAGCAAAUUGAGAAUGAGUUUACGAACAUACAAUGCGAGGAAAAAGUUCCAGGAGCCGACAAACUUGCAACAGAGUAUAGGUUUUUGUAUGUCAAAGGGAUUUGCGCCCUAGAAAAUUUUCAAAUAUAG